AUGACGUCAAAAGACCACAAAGUGAUGUUGACUGGAAAGGAAAAUUGGGAUGCGUGGAUUCAAUCCAUGUCAGCCAAGAUUCCAAGGAAGAUAUGGUCCUACAUGCAUCCUGAUCACCCUAUUGGGGAACUCUUACAAGAACCAAGAGAGCCUCAGUAUAGUGACUUCAACGCUACUGCCACAGACUAUACCCAGCUAUCACAGCCGCAGCAGCGGUCGUUUGAUGCUGUGUUUAGGCAGUGGGAAGUCAGGAAGCGGGACUUUGGAAAGCAGGAGACAGAGAUCAAUACGGUAUACGAUACCAUCCUGGAGACAGUUUCGGCCAAGUACAGGCAACCGCUCGAUAGAAAAGACACACUACGAGAGUGGAUGCAGCUGCUCAAGAGCUCUGCUGCUCCAUCCGAAGGCUUCAUGAUGGCUAAGGUGAAAGAUGAAUAUAUUGUCGUGAUGAAAGGCUUCAAGAAUCAGAAAGCCUUCCCACAAUGGCUUGAGUCGUGGGAAUUAAUGAUGAUCAAGACAAAGAAGUAUCACCUAGCAGAGACUGAGACCGGUCAAUGGCUUCGAGAGUUCGCUGACCUAAUUGAACCAAUCCAUCAAAGCUAUGCAACAGCUUUUACGGAGGGGGCCAAGACUCUAGAUGCCAAAGCAGUUCUUCAGAGAAGACGCCUACAAGACGCGCUUGCCUACCAGACUGCCCAUGCAGAAGCAGCUGAGCAACGAAGACUCCAGGCAAGCAGUGGGAGUGAAACAAUAGAACAAGAUUCCCAAUCUGGCACAGCAGGUAUUGACCUUAUUGCACCAGGUGUACAGCGACCUGCUCCCAAUGGCUCAAAGGUUUGGACACCUCAAGAGGUUGCCUCUACAAUGCGUGAAUGGGCAUCCCGCAAAAGGCCCACGAGUGGUAACACCGUGAGGGGCGGGACGUUUCACACAGAGGGAGGCAACGAGGAGAGUGACCACAGAGACAUCCACGCCAAAGGGUGGGAAGAGGACGAAGUCUGGCUCCGGAGGACGCUCUGGAAAGAGGCCAGCACUUACGUGCCCAGCCUGCGGUAUGAGAGGGCAUGA